CGAGCGGUGAUCAAUAAUUGAGGGUGAUCUGGGGCUGCUGGCAUGGUGUCCCCUUUCCAGGCUGGGCACAGGGACAUGGGGCAUGGUGCCCAUGGAGUGCCACGGCCACCACCACAGCCUGCCAGGCUACCAGCUCAGCCACAGCUGUGGGAACAGUGUUGGAAAACUUGGUGGCGGCACUGGGAUGAGCCAGCAGCAGGAUGGUGGCGGGCUGGGAUGGGUGGUUAUUGGGAUGAUGGUGGGCACUAAGAUAGUAGAACCUACUGGCAUCUAGGUGGACACCAGGAUGCUGCCAGGCACUGGGAUGGGCAUCACAUGACAACGGUGAGCACCACAGCAGAUAGGCCCAAGGGUGGAGCUGGUACUGGGACCAGUGGGCCCCAAGACUGGUGGGCACUGGGAUGGGCAGCACAGGAGGCCCCAGAGGUGAUGCCAUGGCAGCACCAAGCAAAGAAGAGUACUGGGACACUUGUCCGCUCCUCCUCUGCCCCACAGAGCCCCAGCUCCCAGAUUCCCGUUAUUCCCUGACUCCUGUCAUUCCCCAACUCUCACCGUUAUUCCCAACCCUCGGUAACAUGCCGUGCCAGACUGGGAGCAUCCCACAUCCUGCAGGCACUAGGACGAGCAGCUGCAGCGCGCCGUGCCAUGAAUUAUUGAGGCAGGUAGAGCAUCGCCUUGGCCCCGUGCCACCUUCCUCCUUCCACGGGUGGGACGGGCGGCUCAGGUUUCUCAUGAGCCGCGGCGGGGCCUGGAGACCUUUGGACCAUGACGGGGAAAAGGUGGAUUUUGGUGUUUUCCGGGGCCGCGUGGUCCUGAUCGAGAACGUGGCUUCGCUCUGAGGCACCACAGUGCGGGAUUACACCCAGCUCAACCAACUCCAAGCCCGCUACCCCCGGCGGCUGGUCGUGCUGGGCUUCCCCUGCAACCAGUUUGGAUACCAGGAGAACGGCACCAACGAGGAGAUCCUCAACACCCUGAAGCAUGUGCGGCCCGGGGGUGGCUUCGAGCCCAACUUCACCCUGUUCCAGAAGUGCCAGGUGAACGGGAGUGACACCCAUCCCGUGUUCGCCUACCUCAAGGCUCACCUGCCCGCACCGGCUGACGAGCCUGCACACCUGAUGGCUGAGCCCCGCUUUGUCGUCUGGAGCCCUGUGCGGCGCUCCGAUAUCUCCUGGAAUUUUGAGAAGUUCCUGGUGGGGCCUGAGGGGGAACCAUUCCGGCGCUACAGCCCCCGUGUGCCCACGGCCCAGCUGGAGCCCGACAUCCAGCGUCUCCUCAAGCUGGCCAAGUAAUCCUAGCUCCAGCGUGAUCCUGGCUCUGGUGUGAUCCUGGCUCCGGCGUCAGCCCAGGAUGGCCCCAGCUCUCCGCAGAGUGACAGCCCCCUCUGAAACCUCCGUGGGGAGGGGGCUUGAUGGGGGCAGAGGGUUGGAGCCGCCGGGGCGGCGUGGGCUGGUGGCAAUAAAUGAGUCGCAGGG